AUGACGUUGUUGAAGUUCCAUGAAGUGUGGAAGCCAGUUUUGGUGAUGAUUAUAGUUAAUUUAGCUCUGGCUUUGGUCAAUAUAUUUCUGAAGAAGAUUGUUAAUGAAGGAGUGGACUACUUAACCAUCCUAACAUAUCGACAAGCAAUUUCAGCCAUUUUCUUGACACCUAUAUAUUGCUUUAUUUUCAGGAACUCAAAAGUGACACCCUACUUGUUUUGUUUCAUUUUCAGGGUAACACUCACUCAAUCCCUGUACCUUAUUGGACUAGAAUAUACAUCUGCCACGUUCGCAUGUGCAUUCCUAAAUAUGGUGCCUGUAUUCACCUUUAUUAUGGCGCUGCCACUGGGGAUAGAGAAAGUGGACAUGAAAAAGCUGAGUGCGAAGGCCAAGGUGUUGGGAACUUUUGUGUGUAUUGGUGGAGCUUUGAUGUUGAUCCUUUAUAAAGGAGUGCCCUUAAUCAACCAACAACCAGAGCACAUAGCAGACAAAGGCACAAUAAGAUCAUCAGCCUCCAAGUUAAAGAAAUGGAUCAUAGGUUCACUGCUUCUAACUGCAGGAUGCUUCUUGUGGUCUUCACGGUUUCUUAUACAAGCAAGCAUUAGCAAAAAGUAUCCAUGUCAAUACUCUAGCACUGCCAUUUUGUCCUUUUUUGCUUCCAUUCAAUCAGCAAUAUUGACUUUGGUCAUCGAUAGAAGUAAUGCCAAAUGGAUUCUCAAAGGAAAGUUAGAGAUAAUGACUGUUGUAUAUGCUGGGCUGGUAGGGUCGGGCUUGUGCUAUGUGGCAAUGUCAUGGUGUGUGAAACAAAGGGGUCCAGUUUUUACUUCAGCAUUUACCCCUCUUCUACAGAUGUUCGUUGCUGUGCUUGAUUUCUCUAUAUUACAUGAGGAAAUUUAUCUUGGCAGUGUUGCAGGAUCAGUCUUGGUUAUAUCUGGCACGUAUAUUCUACUUUGGGUUAAAAGUAAAGAGGAAGACCAAUGUGCCAUGAAGGGUACUCAAGAAAGUCAAGAAGAUGAAUGUAAGAAUAAUUUGGAGGCCAGUCCAAAUGUACCUUCUAAGCUAAGGCCUAAUGAGGAACAAGGAUUCUCUGAAUUACAAGUGAAGUAGUUAGCUAUUACUGUAACUAGAAAUUGAUAAAGCUUUAAGAAUUUCAUGCUUGAGAG